AUGUCAGAACGACCCAUCACCUUGAUUGACCCAAUGGUCAAUGUUACUUCGAUCGAUUACUUUUUACCGUCUUAUCUCAAUGCCAUCUCGCUAGCCAACAGUCUCUUCUUUUUAACUUGUUAUUUCAUCUUUUUUUCUUGUUUUGGAAUCAUGCUAUUCAUCAUUACAAAAAAACGAAAAAUAUCACUCAAGAAAAAUCCCAAAAUUUUAUUCAUUCUUGUGGCCAUCUUUGUUUCGAUUCAAUGUGCCACUUUAUUUGUUAGAAUUGUUUUUGAUUCGUGGAGUAUGGACGCGAGAGCUCUCAAAGAAAAAGAUUCUCAACAAUUGUUCUCAAAAGGAUAUUUCUUUUCGUUGAAAGCAGUUGGAGCUUUGACUACGUUAUUGUCGACCAUUAACUAUGUUUUUGUGUUUGUCAUUUUGUUUCAUGUUCAAAUGGUGUUUUGGACAUCAGCUCAACAAUUAGGAGCUCUGUCAACCACUCUCUAUGAACGCAUUAAGAAGGUUACGAGCGCACUGUUUGGCGUUUUUGCCUUCUUCUCUUUGAUGGCAGUUUUGACAGCGACAAUCGCUCAACUAUUGAAUGACACAACCGUAAUUUCUUCAUCAACCAUGGCCAUCAUACUCUAUUCAUGUUUUGCAGUAUUAUGCAGUGCCUUUCUCUUUGACAUCAUUCUUACCUUAAUGAGUGGAUUUUUCAUUCUGAAAGGAAUUCUCAAAAAUUCAUCCUACUUCAAAUCUUUCAAACUCCUUUGCUCCUGUAAACAAAGUAAUCCCUUCCUCGUCACUUUCGGCUUAAUGAUUGGAUUAAUUUUGUGCGUGUGUGGUCAAUUAUUGGCAACUGCCUUAGUAUCGGUCGCAGGUUCGAGUCGAGGAAGUGGCCUUAAAAUUUUGUGGCAUUUUCUCAGUAGUGCUGCCGUGUUAAUCUUUGCAACGUUGAGCUUGUUGUUGUUCCAUCCCAUGUUUGUUCAGACAGAGAGGGCUCUUUCUCAAGUUCAACAUUAUAACGAUCCACCCUCAAUAUCCUCAAUUCAGGAUUCCAUGGAAAAAAAGGAAGGAACGAAUUCAACGUGCUUGUCCAUCUCACCUUCGGUAUCCUCUCCAACUCCUAUUUUGAACGAAUUACAAGUUUAA